AUGGGAUCAUCUUCAGGAUUUGGUUCUAUGAUAUCUGCUAACUAUUCAGUCCCCAUUUUAUCGGGGGACAACUUUAAGAACUGGAAAGAAUCCAUUUUGAUUCAUUUGGGCUGUAUGGAUCUGGACUUAGCAUUAAGGAUAGACCAACAUGCUCCUCUUACGGAUGUAAGCACUACUGAUCAAAGGCAGAUGUUUGAGAAGUGGGAAAGGUCUAAUCGUUUAAGUCUGAUGAUCAUAAAGAAAAGCAUUCCAGAAAUAUUUCGGGGUACGAUAUCUGAUGAUAUCACUAAGGCUGAAGAAUUUCUCAUCGAGAUAGAAAAACGCUUUACUAAAAGCGAUAAGGCGAAAAUGAGUACUUUUCUUAAGUCACUCAUUACCAUGAGGUAUCUCGGGAAGGUGAACAUAAAUGAGUACAUCCUUAAUAUGUCCAAUGUCAUUUCAAAAACUGAGAGUACUCAAGUUAGACCUUUCAGAGGACAUGUUAGUCAUAUUGGUCCUGCUCUUACUUCCUGCUCAAUACGAUCAGUUCAAAAGGAAGAAAGAAUGAAGCACAAAAGGACUGAGGAGAUACAUAUGAUUGAAACCUCGAAAUAUGUCGACGACAAUAAAAGAAAGUUUAAGGCCGUGAAGAUUGAGACUGCUAAGGCUCCAGUCCCAGCUCCUCAGGCUCGUCCUAUGGAGAAAUCUUGCUUCUUUUGCAAGAAAACUGGACAUGAAAAGAAGGAUUGUGCGAGCUAUCACAAUUGGUGUGUGAAGAAAGGUACUAUUCUUACUUUGGGUUGCCUAAGCCACCGAAGCCCAAUUGAUGCUGAAAGACACAUUUACUUUGGAAAUGGGGAAUCGGUCGAAGUGGAAGCAAUUGGCAAUUUUAAAUUGUUGCUAAGUACUGAGCAUUUUCUUGAAUUAAAAGACACUUUUAUUAUACCGUCAUUUAGACAGAAUUUGGUUUCUAUUUCUUAUUUGGACAAAUUCGGUUAUUAUUGUUCGUUUGGAAACAAUGAAGUUACAUUGUCUUUGAAUUCAAAUUUGGUUGGUUUUAGUACUUUUAUGUUGAAUGACAAUUUAUACAUGCUUGACACUUUAACUUCAUAUCAUGAAACCCUAAAUGUGCAAACGAGAGGUACUAAGCGAAAAUUAAAUAAUUCAAGUUUAUUAUGGCACAAACGUUUAGGUCAUAUUUCGAAAGAUCGAGUUGAAAGACUCAUUAAGGAUGGAGUCCUUGAUUCCAUAGAUUUUUCGGAUAUUGAGGUUUGUGUUAACUGCAUUAAAGGUAAACAGACCAAAGUGAAGAGGACAUGUGCUUAUCGAGCUACAGAAGUCUUAGAGUUGAUACAUACAGACAUUUGUGGGCCAUUUUCCACACCUUCGUGGAAUGGUCAACAAUUAUUCUUGAUAUGGCUAUCUUUACCUCAUAAGGGAAAAAUCUGA